AUAAAACUCUUGAAAAGCAUCUUCAAGAAAACGGAUGUCCUUUAGCAACAAAAUACUUUAAAAGACUCGUUGCAAUGGAGGAAGAUUUUUUCAAGACUGAUUUGCGUUUGAAGAAACGUGUUCGAGAUUCAUACUGCUUGUUAUUGGCUAUAGUUGAGAAUGUCAAAUCUGCUGAAGAAGCAUUUCGAACAGAUUGUGACCAAAAGCUAUCACUUAGAUUGCUUUUACAAACAAUUCACAUGAUUCAAGCUCAAGACAAUGCUUUCAAUUGGCUUGUGAAGGAAUUUUAUAAAAUCAUUUUCAAGUUAUCGAAAAAUUUGGAAGAUGGUGGUGACGAUUGUUUGGAAAUGUUAUCAAGGGCUUGUUUUGAAUAUGGUGUUGUAUUAGCAGAGACAGAUUGUUUGGAGGAAGCUAUAUCGUAUAUGGAAAAGUCCUUAGAGACAUGCAAGGGUACCCUGUGGUAUACCAACGAUAUUGACCGUAAUUUUUUGCAAGAAGAUGUCUGUACAAAACUUUGCGAAACACUUUUACGAAUUGCCGCAUUAAGUUCGAAGAAAACUCCGGAGGUUUCGGCAGCUUUUGCUGACAGAGCUGCUCAAGCCAUUUAUGGAGUGGGAACGAAAGAAAGUCCAAUUUUGUUUUGUCUUGCCAAAUUACGUCAAUCAGAAUACUUGAUAUCAAAUCAAAAUUUUAAAGAAGCGUUCGAUGUUCUUAAUGAAAUUCAGAAGCAUAUAAUGGCAAAUGAUGCUCCUCGAAAUAAGUGUGAAUUCUAUCUCUGGCUAGGAGUUUGCCAUUUUAACCUUUCGCCUAAAAAUAUAAAUUUAGCAAAAAGAAAGUUGAAACUUUCGUUAAAUUUGAGUGAUGAACAUAAUUUUGCUGAUUUGAAAGCCAAAACUUUAUUAUAUUUGGGGAAAAUUCAUUCAAAAACCACAUCAUCACAUGCUGAAGCAAGACAGUGUUUCAUUGAAGCUAAAGAACUCUUUCAAAAAUUAAGAGAUUUUGAAAAUGAGAAAUUGGCUAGAUUUUUAAUGGCACAAUUGAGAGCAUAUCAAAUAUUUCCAAAUUACUUGGAAUUGAUUCAAAGAGCUUCGAAUAGUUUUUGUUAUUUGUAUGAUUUGAUGCAAUGGCAACAAAGAUUAUUGCCAUUUUGGAAUGAAGAUGGAGAGUUACGGCACCAUGAAGAUGAAAUUCAAUGUAUUUUGGAAGAGAAUUUGAAUGAUGAAAGUUGUAAAUCAAAUGAGCAAAUAAAAUAAUUUAC